UAAGAGGUCCCGGAGUGCCGUCGGGACGUGGAACGGGCACUUUCGGCUGACGAUGAGGGCCCUCGUGCUGCUGGCUGCCCUGGUGGCAGCGGCCGCUGGCACCGAGACUUUUGUUGGGCACCAGGUGCUGCGCAUCGUCCCCGCCAGCGACGAGGAGCUGCAGAAGGUGCAGGAGCUGCAGGACCUCGAGGAGCUGCAGCUGGAUUUCUGGCUGGCACCCCGCGGCCCUGGGUACCCGGUCGAUGUCCGCGUGCCCUUCCCCAGCCUGCAGCCCCUCAAAGCCCACCUGGAGGCCAACGGCGUCUCCUACUCCAUCAUGAUCGAGGACGUGCAGGCGCUGGUGGACGAUGAGCGGACAGAGAUGCUUCGUGGCCGCCGUCGGCUGCCGCUCUCCACCAACACCUUUGACUAUGCCACCUACCAUAACCUGGACGAGAUCUACGCCUUCAUGGACCUGCUGGUGGCUGAAAACCCCAACCUGGUCAGCAAGCUUGAGAUCGGCCGGUCGACGGAGAAUCGCCCCAUUUAUGUGCUCAAGUUCAGCAAAGGGGGUCCGAACCGCCCGGCCGUCUGGAUCGACACCGGCAUCCACUCCCGCGAAUGGGUGACGCAGGCCAGCGGUGUCUGGUUCGCCAAGAAGAUUGUCCUGGAUCAUGAGAAUGACGAAGGUCUGGCCUCCAUCCUGGACAAGAUGGACAUCUUCCUGGAGAUCGUCACCAACCCGGAUGGCUUUGUCUUCACCCAAACCCAGAAUCGCAUGUGGCGCAAGACCAGGUCCAGGCACUCGGGCUCCAAUUGCAUCGGCGUGGACCCCAACCGCAACUGGGAUGCAGGUUUUGGAGGGCCCGGAGCCAGCAAAAAUCCCUGCUCAGAGACGUACCACGGACCUUACGCCAACUCGGAGCCCGAGGUGAAGGCCAUCGUGGACUUUGUGAAGAACCACGGGAACAUCAAGGCUUUCGUCUCCAUCCACAGCUACUCCCAGCUCCUGCUCUACCCCUACGGCUACACCAGCACCCCAGUGCCUGACCAGAAGGAACUGCACCAGGUUUCUCAGAAGGCGGUCGCAGCUCUGUCUUCUCUCUACGGCACUAAAUACAAGUACGGCAGCAUCAUCACGACCAUCUAUCAAGCGAGCGGAGGAACCAUCGACUGGACGUACAAUCAGGGCAUUAAGUACUCCUUUACCUUCGAGCUGCGGGACACGGGGCGCUACGGGUUCCUGCUCCCUGCCAAACAGAUCGUCCCCACCGCCCAGGAGACAUGGCUGGCGCUGAAAGUCAUCAUGCUGCACACGCGGGACCACCUCUACUAACUGGGAUCGGGGGGGGCUGAGUGGAGGUUGGAUUAGCUGUGGGAGGAAAAGAAAGCAAGAAAUAAAUG